AUGGCCAAAAAAGCAGCAAAGAACAAAAAGAAGAACAAUAACAAUAAUAAGCAACGCCUACCAGUGAACGAUAAUAAGUUUUCCCUCCCUGAAGACAACCCUACCCCGAGCCCGGCCUUGAAGAGGCCGCCGAGGCUGGGGACCAUGGCCAACCUACAGUAUGCACAGCUUCCCAAGUUUGAAUAUCAGACAUUCGAGCGUCAAUAUCAGACCUUCGACCGUCAAACUUUGCAAUUUUCAUUUUAUCCCGUCACUGCUACUUCUUCGGAUGGUCUGACAUCGGAUAAGGAUCAGGAUACCACCAAUAAUGCGACCAAUCCAGAGAAAGGCCCAUCCCCAGAGAGUGCUCCCGUAGAAGAAUCAAGUAGUUCUCCCGAUGACGCUGCGCCUGCGGCGGAAUCUCAAGAGUCAUCUGAAGCGGCAGCUGCCCCACCUCAGCCAGAACCGUCAGCUGAGCCUGCACCGGAAGCCAAGGAAGAAGCAGAACCUGCGCCAGAGGCAGACGGUACCGAGCAGAAAGCCGAAGACGCUGCCACCCCCGAUGAGUCCGAGACGCCAGCAGCCACUGAAGAUGCCGCGCAAGACCCACCGCCCGAGGAAGGUGAUGGUGCCGCAGCUGCGGUAGAUGAAAGUCCUGCACCGGGAAGCAAGGAAGGAGACAGCAACGGGGAUGAUUUCCCAGAAUGUGAUCCGUCCGCGGAGCUCGAUAAGGUCGAGGCCGAGAAAGAGGAAGCGGCACGGCAAGCGGAGGAGGAUGCAAAAGCAGAAGAGGAGGCAGAAGCAGCCGCAGCCGCAGCAGGGGUCCCUGAUGACGUCGAUAUUGAUACUGGGAAUGAGAACUCACCUACAGAUAAUCUAGACAGCGAAGAAGCUACUCCCGUUCAUGACGACCCACCACCGGCCGAGUCGGCAGAAGAAGAUGCGACGAAACCCGACACGGAGGAUAGUCCAGCUCUGGACGAACCUGCUGAAGAACAGAGCGAUCCGCCACCCGAAGCAGAGCAGCCCGUCGCUGAAGAACAAGCCCCCGCCGAGGAACCACCUGCUGAGGAGCAGCCCGCUCCUGAAGAGCCUGCACCUGAACCUCCUUCUGAGGAGGAACCCGCCGCGCCAACGGAGCCGGCGGAGGACAACACUCCAGAAGAAGCGGUAGCUGCCGAGGAUGCAACUGCAGACGAUGUUGCAGACGAAACCGCAAAGGAAGAGCCCACUGCCGAGAAUGCUCCUGAAGAGCCUGCGGCUGAAGAUAGCCCAGUCGAGGACAAACAAGAGGAGGUAACCGAAGCUCCCGCACCGGAAGAAGCAGCAACUGAGACACCGGCUGUGGAAGAAGCUGUGGUUGAAGAUGCUGGCGCCGAAGCGGCUCCAGAAGCACCGCCAAGUGAUGAGGUGGCUCAACCAGAGGAAACUCCUGCGGAAGCUCCAGCAGAAGAAAAGGAAGAAGACGCACCUGAAGAACCAUCGGAGCAACCUCCGACUGAAGAAGUUGUCGAAGAAUCUGCUUCCCCUGAACCUGAGGCUGAAGAGCCAGCACCUGCCGAGCAGCCCCCUCCUGCAGAUGAGCCUGCGCCUGAAGAAUCUCCUGCUGCUGAGGAGCCGGCCCCUGCUGCGCCUGAAGCCGAGGAACCUGCGCUACCGGAGGAGACCCCAGCUGAAGAAGCUCCUGCUGCUGUUGAGGAUGUGACCCCUGAGGAACCUGCUCCCGUUGAAAAGACACCGGCAGAGGAACCCGUUGCUGAAGAGCCUGCUCCGGCUGAGGGACCUGCUGCGACUGAAGAACCUGCUGCGACUGAAGAACCUGCUGCGACUGAAGAACCUGCUGCGACUGAAGAACCUACGCCAGCUGAAGAACCUGCUGCGGCAGAGGAACCUGCUCUGGCUGAAGAACCUGCUCCGGCUGAGGAACCUGCUGCGACUGAAGAACCUGCUGCGGCUGAAGAGCCUGCUGCGGCUGAAGAGCCUGCUCCGGCUGAAGAAUCUGCGCCAGCUGAAGAAGCUGCUGCGGCCGAAGAGCCUGCUCCGGCUGAGGAACCUGCUCCGGCUGAAGAAUCUGCGCCAGCUGAAGAACCUGCUCCGGCUGAAGAAGCUGCUGCGGCUGAAGAGCCUGCUCCGGCUGAGGAACCUGCGCCAGCUGAAGAUCCAGCUCCAGUUGAUCCACCUGCGCCUGUUGAAGAACCGGCUCCCGCUGAAGACCCUACUGCCUCCGAGGAGGAACCAGCCCCGUUGAAGAGCCUGCUCCCGUUGAGGACGUUUCUACUGAGGAGCCAGCACCUGUGCAAGAACCUGCUGAGGAACCCACGCCGGUUGGAGAUGGAGGAGCCUGCUGCUGCUGAGGAGAUUCCUCCUGAAGAGCCGGCUCCUGAGGAACCUGCCGCCGUCGAGGAACCUGCUCCUGUGGAAGAGGCUCCUGCUGAGAAAUCUGCUCCCGUUGAACCUGCCCCCGUUGAAGAGCCUGCUGCCGCCGAGGAGAUACCUGCCGAGGAACCUGCCGUUGUCGAGGAAGACGUUCCUAUUGAAGAACCUGUCCCAGUCGAAGAAACUGCUCCUGUGGAAGAGGCUCCUGCUGAGAAAUCUGCUCCCGUUGAACCUGCCCCCGUUGAAGAGCCUGCUGCCGCCGAGGAGAUACCUGCCGAGGAACCUGCCGUUGUCGAGGAAGACGUUCCUAUUGAAGAACCUGUCCCAGUCGAAGAAACUGCUCCUGUGGACGAAGAAGUCUCCGAAGAGGCUCCAGAACCAACGCCCGUUGAGGAAACCUCAAGAGAUAUCGAUGGCUUGGAGGCCUUGGAAGCAGGCUUGCCAGCUGUUGUUCCAGCCGCCGUAGCAGCCGAACAUGCACGCAGGAGAAAGAGGCGGUCCCCGGAUCAGGGACAGAGUCGACAUUCGAAGAGUUCUUCUGAGGAAGUACGAAGAUCAUUGCCACGGCAGAAACUUGAGCGAAGUGGCAGUCUCCUUGAUCGGUGGAACAAAGCCCUCGAGGAAGCCAAGCGACAGCAUGAAGAAAAGCUAAGGCAGGAGGAAAUACGGAGUAAAGACAAAUUCCGGGCUCCAGAGAAGGCAGAGAAGGACAGGCAUUCCUCGGAGCGAGAGCGCUCUAAACGAAGCGAGCGUUCGUCAAAAGAAGCUGCCGUGGAUGUCAAGCCCAGUCGACGAAGAUCCGAGCGCUCAGCCACCUAUGAAGUCGAGCGUUCUUCGCGGGAAAAGGCUGCCGUGACUAUCGAGCCGAGCCGACGGGUCAGCGAGCACUCGAGUAGCCACGGAGGCGAACGUAGAAGUACCUCCUCAAGGGAUGGCCAUGCAUCGGGUUCGAAGCCGCGAGCCUUCCUGAAAUACAUGACAGCAGCCGAAUCAGAAACGAAUGGUCCCCUUCUCAAGAUCAACGGCGACAAGGCUGCUGCAAAUGUGUUUGAGCGUCGGUCUUCCACAACCCAUUCACACAGUCACCGUCACUCGCACGAAGGAAGAGGGUCCGACCGGUCCGCGAGCUCCCAUCAUACGGCGGAGGAAGAGCAGGCUCGACGCGAGAGAAGGGCGCGACGAAGGGCUGCAGAGGAAGCAGAGCAGGCAAAGGAAAGAGAAACGUCCGACCACCAUCGCCACCGUCAUGGUGGAGAAACGCGCCAUCACCAUCACAGGCGCCGGAGAGAUGAGCCUCCAAAGGAAGAGUCGAAGCUCAAGAAUAUCCUCAAAGCAGUUGUUGCUCAUUAA